AUGUCGUUCUUCAUUGAGAACAAGCAGGUUGGCCAGAAGGAGGAGGCCGAGGACUGGAGGAUCAAGGGCUACAACCCUCUCAUGCCCCCGGACCUGCUGCAGUUCGAGAUCCCCCAGACGCCCGAGUCGCGCGCGACAGUACGCCAGGGCCGCGACGACGUCGAGGCCGUGGUGCACGGCCGGGACCCCAAGAAGCGCCUCCUGGUGGUGAUAGGCCCUUGCUCGAUCCACGACCCGGAGGCCGCCCUGGCCUACUGCGACCGCCUGCUGGAGCUCAAGAGGAAGCACAGGGAUGAGCUGGUCAUAGUGAUGCGCUCCUACCUCGAGAAGCCGCGGACGACGGUCGGGUGGAAGGGCCUGAUCAACGACCCGGACAUUGACGGCAGCUUCAAGAUGAACAAGGGCCUGAGGAUCUCCCGCCAGAUGUUCGUCGACCUGACGCACAAGGGCAUGCCCAUCGCCAGCGAGAUGCUCGACACCAUCUCCCCGCAGUUCCUGGCCGACCUGCUGUCCGUCGGUGCCGUCGGCGCCCGCACCACCGAGUCCCAGCUGCACCGCGAGCUGGCCAGCGGCCUCAGCUUCCCCGUCGGCUUCAAGAACGGCACCGAUGGCAGCCUGGGCGUCGCUGUCGACGCCAUCGGCGCCGCCAAGCACCCCCACCACUUCCUCUCCGUCACCAAGCACGGCGGCGUCGCCAUCGUCGGCACCGUCGGCAACGACGACUGCUUCGUCAUCCUGCGCGGCGGCACAAAGGGCACAAACUACGACGCCAAGUCCGUCGCCGAGGCCAAGGCCGCCCUCGCCAGCAAGGGCGUCCGUCAGGGUCUCAUGAUUGACUGCUCCCACGGAAAUUCCAACAAGGACCACAGGAACCAGCCCAAGGUUGCCGCCGUCAUCGCCGAGCAGAUGGCCAAGGGCGAAGACGCCAUCAUGGGCGUCAUGAUUGAGAGCAACAUCAACGAGGGCAACCAGAAGGUUCCCGAAGAGGGCAAGGCUGGCCUCAAAUACGGCGUCAGCAUCACCGACGCCUGCAUUUCAUGGGAAGAUACCACUGUCGUCCUCGACCGAUUGGCCGACGCCGUCAAGCAGAGGAGGAUUGCUCUCGGGGUGAACUAG